AUGCAGGGACUUGUCUUGAUGCCCUUCUAAUAUUGAUAACUACCUAAGAUUGAUGUCAAAAACUCUUUGGACUUGAGAUAUCUUUAGAACUCAUGUCUUAUAAAACAUCCCUAUACAAUUAAUUGCAGUUUAGAUGGUGUAAGGUUUUUACAUAUCUGACAUAUUAAAGUACAAUUAUGACCAUAUUUUUCAUACCUUCAACCACAGUGGCAUCAGCCAUCGCGCCCACGCCCCUUUCAUCCAGUGUUGUUCUAACAUCAUCGUCCACAAUACAAGCAACUACACAGCCGCCUUUUAUCGCAUGCGGGGGAACGUUAAAUGGAUCAUCAGGAUCGUUUGCCUCUCCUGGAUAUCCUGGCUUUUACUCCAACAACUUGAACUGUUUAUGGACUUUGCCUAUUCCCGCCAAUGGAAUUCUCAGGCUUCAGUUUAUUGUGUUUGAAACAGAGUCAUUCUUUGACGUCGUUGAGUUGACCGACAACUUUGACCAGACCAUAGAAAGGCUCAGUGGCUCUAGGUCGGGAUUCACUGUUACAGUUAGAGGAGACAGAACUACGUUGCUGACUAUCAGAUUUACCACCGACUCUUCUGUCACAAGACAAGGUUUCAAGGCGCAAUACAGCAUAACGUCUGCUCCGAUAUCUUCGCUCGCACCCACACCUUCUUCAUCAGCAGUUAUUGCAACACCGACGCCCACAAUGCAAGUGACUACAAGGCUGCCUCCUACCGCAGAAUGUGGACUUGGAGACCUUGCUGGAACCAGUGGAUUCCUAACAAGUCCAAAUUUUCCAAAUAAUUUUCCUCGAAACACCGAGUGUACCUCGACUAUUACAGUUCCUGCUGGGCUUAUUAUCAAAUUGACCUUUCUCAACUUCACAUUGGAACCAAAUCAGCAAACUGACUGUACGGGUUCUCCCGGAGGAGCCCGUGUUUUUAUUACUAAUGUGGCAUCAGAUGAUGGCGCUGCACUAUUCAGGCUUUGUGGUCAAAACAUUCCUAAUCCGGUGUUCUCUGUCGGGAAUUUCAUCCAAGUGAGAUUGCUGUCACUCAACAUUGUGGUCUCAGGGUUCAAGGCAUUUUACGAGGCAAUCUCUGCCGAUGACUGUAAGUUAGCCCACCAAAUACCAACAGUGAAACCUGCAUUAAGCGGACACCCUUUUGACACUCACUAGUGUCCGCUUAAUGCAGGGUGCCCUUCCUAAACAGGUUC